AGUCCCACCUGUCAGUGCCCAUCAGUGCCACGUGCCAGUGCCCAUCAGUGCCACAUCAAUGCCACCCAUCAGUGCCAGUCAGUGCCACCUAUCAGUGCUGCCAAUCAGUGCCACCUAUCAGUGCUGUCAAUCAGUGCUGCCUAUCAGUGCCAGUCAGUGCCGCCUAUCAAUGCCAGUCAGUGCAGCCUAUCAGUGCCAGUCAGUGCCGCCAAUCAGUGCCAGUCACUGAUGCCUAUCAGUGCUGCCUAUCAGUGCCAUAUAUCAAUGUCAUGUAUCAGUGCUGCCUUUCAGUGCCCAUCAGUGAUGCCUGUCAAUGCCCAUCAGUGCAACCUACCAGUGCCUCCACAUCAGUGCCCAUCAGUGCCACCUAUCAGUGCCCAUCACUGCAGCCUCAUUAG